AUGAGCAGUCACGUGAACAGCUUUACAAAUUUUAUUGGCGAAAUGAACGUAAAACGAGAUUUUUUCAAACAACCAGAAGAGUACGAGAAGCACCAACCAACGUGCGGAGACUUUGAAGCGUUUGCCGGCUCGGAAAAAAGUCGCGACAGUAUGGAAAACUUUUGUACCGCUUGUGGAAGCAUCUACGAGUAUUCCGUGAAAAACAUGGCGAAACUGUUUCAACGCCGAAUGAACAACACUGAGAAAGCGAGUGACACACCGAUUGAACGUUCCUGCUGUUGCACACAUUUUGCUGAAGAUAAAGCCGUCGAGCGUGUGGCAGAUACACCGCCGCCCAGUGCAGAAGGGUCCGUGAAAAGGCUCCGUUCGUUGUUCGAGGCCAAAACGCGCAGCUUUGGACACCCAUCGCCGGACGUCGGGACGUUCAGAAGUCACAGAAUCACGCGACCCCAGACGGCGAGCACUGAUGGAACCGACAAUCGACAGCAGUUAACAUCUCCAUCACUGGUCCAAAGUGCCGUCGACCCACCGCAUCCGGAAGGACAGGGCUGCAUGUUUCUCGAGGAGUUGAGCUACAAGCACGAAUCCGAGCUCUUGCACAACACGACCGUGAAAAAUCUUCCCGGUGGUUUGCAGAUUAACAUCACCUUGACGUGCGACCGCGGUCGCAGUGUAUCGAAAAACAGCGAUCGCUAG